AUGAUACGGGAGGAAAUAUUGUUGGAGGCGGAGGAGCCUGUUACUUGGUGUGAUGAUUUCAGUCAUCUUGCUAGAGAUUACAGCAGUGCUGGCAAUGGCGGUGGUGGCGGUAGCGAUACAUGCUACAACUGCGGCGGAAGAGGAGCAAAUGGUCGGGACUACUUUAAAUGCAGCGAGUUUGGACACAUGGUGAGGAAUUGCAGUGGAGGUGGUGGCGGCGGUGAGUUUGGACACAUGACAAGGGAUUACAGCAGAAGUGGUGGUGGUAACAGUGGUGAUUGCUAUAGGUGUGGUAAGGUUGGUCACUUGGCUAGGAAUUACAAUAGAGAAGGUGGUUUGGGUGCUGGUGGAAAUGGUGGAAAGAGCACGUGCUUCAAUUGCGGGAAGCCUGGGCAUUUUUUUACUUUGCAGAAGGUUUUGACGGUGAAGGAGAAGGAAGAGGGAGAGUCAGGUAGGAGAAAAAGGGCUGGGUGCUUUUCUUGCUUCUGA